AUGGCUACUAGAUUUUAUAAAAGUAUUUAUAAAUGCUUUUUAUCAUUAGAAGAUUAUGACAUUUUUGGUAUCCCUAUUUCAGUUAAGUUAGAAGGCAAAGAGAAACACUAGUCAUUUAUGGGCUUUGCAGCUACACUUUCAAUACUUAUUGCAAUAUUUUUUCAACUAUUUUCAGAUUUAUCCUUUUUAUUUUAGUACGAUAUCUCUUUUUAGGAAAAUAUAGUUUAAGCACCAGGCUCAUACGUCAUUGACCCUUAGAAUUUUGUUUUAGCUUUAGGAAUAUAAAAUAAUUAAAAUGAGUUUAUCUUUGAUGAAGGCUUAUUUUAAAUUUCAGCUGAAUAUAAUACUUAAUAGUAAAUAUUAAACAGCACAACAAGCUAUUAUGAAGAUGUGAAAUAAAGCAAUUAAAUUGAUUUAGUUUAGUGUACAAAUUUACACUUUUAGCAUUACAAUAUGACUAGCUAUAUUGGUUUGUAGGGAAUGCAAAAGUUGUUUUGUUUACCUUUAAAUGAGUAAAUUUAAUUAGAAGGCUAACAAGGAGCAAAUAUAUUUAAGUGGCUAACAUUUAAAGUUAAAAUUUGUGAUAGUUCUACUUCUUAAAAUUGCUAAGAAAUAGAAGAAAUAAAUAAAUAACUAAAUGGAGGACGUUUAUUAAUUUACUUUAUGAACUACUAUUUAGAUUUAAAUAACAGUAAAUCAGCUUUUAAACCAAAUCCAUAAUAUUUAGCUUAUAAAACUUCCAGUUAAGCUUAAAAAGACAUUAAUAUAUAAUUUAGGAAAACCCUUAUACAAACUGAUAAUGGGAUAUUUAUCCCUAAUUAAAUGAUGGAGGAAUAACUUAUCUACAGCUAAGAUAAUUAUUAAAUAUAACACUAUAUUUAAAAUAAUAACAAUUAUAAUUCCAAUACAGAAAAUAUCUUUUAAAUUGAUAUAACACUAGAAAAAAAUAAAGAAUCUUUAUACUCUAGAAGUUACACAAGAUUGAUAACUCAUUUUUCUAAAUUAGGUGGGUUAUUUAACUUUCUUUACUCAAUUGGUAUCCUUUUAUGUUACCCAUUUUCUAAUAUGUUAUUCAGAUAAAAACUCUUAAAUUCUAUUUUUUCCUUUUAGAAUAAAGAGUAACUAGAGAUAAAUGGUCUUUUCAAUAAUUAAUAAUUAAUUGAAUAACCCACGCCAACACAAAAAAUAUUAGCAAAUACUCCACAUGCAAGCAGCAUUGAUUUUAAGAUAUCGAGAAAAAAUACUUUUAAUGAUUCUCAAGGUAAUUCCAUAAAAUAGGCAAACACAUUUUCAUAACAUUGCUCGGGUAGUACUGUGAACCACUAUGCUAAUAAUAUGUAAGAAGAUGUUAGCACUUAAGCACAACAUUUAAAACUUAAAAUCCCCUCUAUAGAUUAAGUGAGCUUUUAAUAAUCAACAUUAAAAAAAAGAAACUCUUAAAAAAAAGUUACUAUUAUCAAUAUAAAUGAUUUUAAAAAAAAUAUUCUUUCUAAAAGAAAAACUUUAUUUAAGUCGAGCGAUUAUAUAAAUCAAAAAAUUAUAUCUUCCUUCUUCAAUACUACAUACAAUUAAUUUAGAGUACGUUUUACAGAUAUUUUUAUGAGCUACUUUUGUAAAAGGAGAGCAAAAUCACAAAUGAUCAGUUAUGGGAUGCAAAAGCUCGAUUAUCAUCUAGAUAUUAACACUAUUAUUACUAAAUUGCUUGAAUUAGAGAAACUUAAAAGAUUACUUCUAGAUAGAGAUUAAAUUAAGUUGUUUGAAUUUAUACCUAAACCAAUCAUUCAUGAAGAGUAGUUUGAUAGAGAUACAAUGACUGGAAUAACAGAACAUUAAAGCUUUGCUAUUUCAAAUACAGGUAUACUUUACGAAGAUAAAAGAAAUGUCGCUUAAAAGGCUAAAGACGCUGAAGAAGCUUAUCAUAGAAUAACAAAUUAAAACAAACUAUCAGAUCUACCAAUAAAUAGAAAAUUAUUAUAAUUGAUUGAUCCAAGAAUUUCAAGCUAAUUUUAGUAAAAUAUAUUUACUAAAAACUAUGAAAGCUUCACUACAUCAAAUUUUGAGAUCAAUAAAGAGCUAAGUAAAGAUAGUAGUAAAGAUUAGAACUCAUCACCAAAUUAAAAAUUAAGAAGUAACUUCUUCUCAAUCAAUUUUAAUGACUCAAUAAAAGAUUGA